UACAACACCCUCAUACAGAAACUACUACUACUGGCACUAAAACACCUGAAGCCACAACAAUUAUAACAGAAAAAGUCUCCACAACAUCUUAUGUAGAAUCACGUAGCACAACAACGGAGACUGGAAAACCCACAACUACAAUUGUUAUUGAAAAAUCUACAACACCUUAUAUCGAAAAAUCUAGCUCCUUCAUCACUGGAAAAACCACAUCAGAAAUCACUGCAAGUCAGUCAACUACUGUGGUAAUAACAGAGAAACACAGUUUUGAAACUACAACUAGCAGAACGACUUUGUGCUCUUGCACAUACAUGAAUCAGGCUUUCUCACCUGGAAGCUUCAUGUACAACAAGACUAAUGGAGAUGGCUAUUGUUUCACUGCAUACUGCAGUUUGAACUGUAGUGUUGAAAAGCAUGCCAGACUGUGUCACACAACAACUCCGCCAAGUCCUCCACCUUCCACAACGAGGGCUGAAAGUACAAAACACACCGUCAAACCAACACCGACUGUGACAGACUGCCAAUUUCUUACACCACCAAGAAAGGAUGGAGAAUCCUGGAAUCCAGACAAAUGCACCAAAAGCACCUGUGAGAAAGGAAAAGAGGUCAGAGAACAUGUGCCAUGUAAAUCAGUAACCAAACCAGUUUGUGACAAUGGUUUUGAACCUGUUAAGGUUUUUGAUGAAGGAGGCUGCUGUUUUCACUAUGAGUGCAAAUGUCUUUGUACAGGCUGGGGAGAUCCCCAUUACAAUACAUUUGAUGGCCAAUACUACAGUUUCCAGGAAAACUGCACAUACGUCCUGGUCAAAGAGAUAAUUCCCAAAUACAACUUAAGAAUUCUUAUUGACAAUGAAAACUGUGAUCCUUCUGGAACUGUGACAUGCCCCAAAGCUUUGAUUGUAUAUUACAAAAACUAUGUAGUAACUCUUACACAGGAGAGAGAGCCAGAAUUUCAGAAUUUGAUAUAUGUUAAUGAAAAGAAAGUGACUCCAACCUACUCAAAUGAGGACUUCAUUAUUACAAGCUCAGGAAUUUCGAUGGUUCUUAAAAUCCCAAAAAUAGAAGCCGUUGUUUUAUUCUCUGGGCUUCAGUUCAGUGUUGAGUUGCCAUUUUCAUUUUUCCACAACAACACAGAAGGACAGUGUGGCUACUGUGACAAUAAUAAGACAAAUGACUGCAGGUUACCAAAUGGUAAAAUUCAUCCAUUAUGCUCUGAGAUGGCAUAUGAUUGGCAUGUAAACGUUAAGAAUAAACCAUACUGUGAGUCCAAACCUACUCGACCUCCUCCUCCACCACCUGGGCCAACGAAAACACCAUGCAAACCUGCCCUCUGUGAAAUCAUAAACCACGAGAUGUUUAAAAGCUGCCACAAAAAAAUUGCGCCCGAUUCAUAUUAUGAGGCUUGUAAAUUUGACGUAUGCCACAUGCCAAAUACCACCGUGGGCUGCACCAGUCUGGCAGCAUAUGCCACGAUGUGUGCUGAGGCAUCUGUCUGUAUAGACUGGAGGAACCUGACUAAAGGAGAAUGCGACUAUAAAUGUCCACCAAAUAAAGUAUACAAGGCCUGUGGGCCAAGUAUCGUUGAAACGUGCAAUGCAGGAUACAAUAACAAGCUCAAAAAGCAGUGUGCCGGAGAAGAAGCUAUUUGCAAUGGAUUAGUGGAGGGAUGUUUCUGCCCUCAGGGGACGAUGCUGUUUGAUUCAGGCUCUGAUACCUGUGUCUCAUCCUGUUGCACUGGACCUGCUGGUGAACCUAAAAAGAUUGGUGACACAUGGAAAAGUGGCUGCCAGCAAUGCAGUUGUGACAAAAAUUCUCUGAGUGUUAAGUGUGAGCCUCUGGUUUGCCCGACACAAGAACCAAUAAAGUGCACAGAGGAUGGUGAGGUGUUGGUGAACCGAACAGUUAACUGCUGCCAAGAACUGACGUGUGAGUGUGAUAGAAAACACUGUUCGUCACAGACACUAAAGUGUGAACUUGGCUUUGAGUUAAAUGUCAAAGUUUCCAAUGUAAGCUGCUGCCCGGUCUUCACCUGUGAACCAAAAGAUGUAUGUGUCUACAAUGAUACAGAGUACAAGCCAGGUACAAACUUUUCCAAGAACCCAUGUGAACACUGCCACUGCACCAGCAAACAAGACCCAAAGACUAAGCUGAACACCAUAGAGUGUCAGCAAGUACAGUGUAACAUCAUUUGUAAAGAGGGUUACAUGCAUGUGGAUCAGCCUGGAGAAUGCUGUGGAUCAUGUAAACAGACGCACUGUAUUUUUGAUGUCCCUGGCUUGAACUCACCAGUGAUUCUUAAGCCUUCACAAUCGUUUUCACCACCAAACGACAACUGCACCCAAUAUGAUUGCCAGAAGGUGAAGGAUGAAUUCAUAGUUAUGAGAAACCAAACUACAUGUCCUGCAUUUGACCCAGAAAACUGUGUUCCAGGAACAGAAAGAAGUGACAUGAAUGGAUGCUGCAGAACCUGCACACCUCGCUACAACUGUGAGCUUCACAAGAACACUACCAAAUUGUACGUAAACGACUGCGAGUCAGUUGAGCCAGUGGAGAUCACAUCCUGUGGGGGAUCCUGUGAAUCAUCCUCAUAUAUGUACUCAAUGGAGGCCAACAGUCUCAUGCACUCUUGUACCUGCUGUCGAGAGAUGGUUACCACCAAGAAAGAGGUGGAGAUGAAGUGUCUAGAUGGCAGCAAAAUUAAACAGUCCUACAUUACAAUUGAAAAGUGUGGCUGCCAACCUGCUAAAUGUAAAGAGUGGGGCAAACGUUGACGGGACACACAAUUAAGGCAAACAAUGGAAAUUUUAACUCUAUAGGGGAAACAAAUUAGUACUUGUUUACAAACACUAUGGGUGCUUUCAUGCUUUGAAAUAUGCAGCUCUGUGGAUCAAACUGAUCCAAAAUAUUUUUAAAAGCAAGUGCUUAUCUGGAAAUUGUAUUUAGGGUGAAAUAGCUUUGGAUGUAUAUUCAUCUUUUGAGUAAUAGUAAAUUGCUGUAUCUGCUGUUUCAAACUUCUGUCUUUGGUUCAAUAAAUUUCUAAUGCAUCAA